AUGGCUGUAUGGGAACAUCUGGAAGUAUCCAAAGCUCAUGUGGCGUAUGCAUGUGUAGGGGUUUUUUCUUCCAUCUUCUCAUUAGUAUCCCUCUUUAUUAAGGAAAAAUUAUAUAUUGGUGAAUCCACUGUGGCAGGGAUAUUUGGUAUUAUCGUAGGACCAGUAUGUUUAGAUUGGUUCAAUCCAUUAGAUUGGGGGAAUUCAGAUUCUAUUACUUUGGAAAUUACACGUAUCGUAUUAUGUUUACAAAUUUUUGCUGUGGCCGUAGAAUUACCAAGAAAAUAUAUGUUAAAACAUUGGCUUUCGAUAGUUAUGUUAUUGCUUCCGGUAAUGACCGUCGGUUGGUUGAUUAUAGGUUUGUUUAUUUGGAUUUUAAUUCCAGGUUUGAAUUUUUCUGCAAGUUUGUUAGUCUCUGCAUGUAUUACCGCAACAGAUCCUAUUUUGGCUCAAUCAGUUGUGUCAGGUAAGUUCGCUCAAAGAGUUCCAGGGCAUUUAAGAAACUUAUUAUCUGCAGAAUCUGGUUGUAAUGAUGGUAUGGCGUUCCCCUUCAUUUAUUUAUCAUUGAACUUGAUUUUAUAUCCAGGUAACGCUAGAGAAAUCGUUAAAGAUUGGAUUUGUGUUACAAUCCUUUAUGAAUGUCUAUUUGGAGCAAUUCUAGGUAUAUUCAUUGGUUAUGUAGGGAAACGUGCAAUCAAAUUUGCAGAAGAAAAAAAUAUUAUCGAUAGAGAAUCCUUUUUAGCAUUCUAUGUGGUCCUAUCCUUCUGUUGUGCAGGUUUCGGUUCCAUCCUUGGAGUAGAUGAUCUUUUAGUUUCAUUCGCAGCUGGUGCAACUUUUGCAUGGGAUGGUUGGUUCUCUAAGAGAACAGAAGAAAGUAAAGUAUCUACAGUGAUUGAUCUGUUAUUAAACUACGCCUAUUUUAUCUAUUUUGGUGCAAUCGUACCUUGGAAACAAUUUAAUAAUGGUGCAAUUGGCUGUAACGUUUGGAGAUUAAUCAUUUUAGCAUUCGUAGUGAUCUUCUUAAGAAGAAUCCCUGCAGUGUUAGCUAUGAGAAGAUUUAUUCCAGAUAUUAAAUCAUGGCGUGAAGCACUCUUUGUAGGACAUUUUGGCCCUAUUGGUGUUGGUGCCAUCUUCGCCGCAAUCUUGUCUAGAUCGGAAUUGGAGGCAAGUGUCUCUGAAGAAGAGACACCUUUAAGACAUCUACCUACUGAAGGUUCAAAGCAUUAUCAAUUGAUUGCAUGUAUUUGGCCAAUCGUAUGUUUCUUUAUUGUCACAUCCAUUAUUGUGCAUGGUUCUUCCGUGGCAAUCAUUACUUUGGGACGUCAUUUGAAUACAAUUACUUUGACAAAAACUUUUACUACUCAAACCUUUGGGGGCGGUGGUGGGAAGAGUUCUUGGAUGCAAAGAUUACCAUCAUUGGAUAAAGCUGGUAGAUCUUUCUCUUUACAAAGAGUCGACACUACAGGUAAGAUGAUCCCAGGAAGAGAAGGUAAAGCAAUGUCAAGGACAAGUACAGUGGAGACAAGUGGUGUUCCAGUGAGACAUGCAGGUGGGAUGACAAGACGGAGACAUAAGAAACAUGGUAGAAAGCAUAGCAAAUUGAGGCAUAGGCAUUUACCUCGUGAAAUCUUCCGUUCCAAAUCUCAAAGGAAUGAAUAUGAUGAUGAAUUAAACGAUUUAGGAAGAGAAAGAUUGCAACGUGAGAAAGAAGCUCGUGCAGCUACAUUUGCAUUGAGUUCCUCGGUGGCACCUCAACAUGAGGAACAAGAAUCUACUAUAGCUAGUAAUAGUUUACAGAGUAGAUUCAGUGCGACAUCAUCAGCAUUGUCGAAUGGUACCGCUGGUGAUAAUGGUUCUAUAUCCCAAACUAGUCAAUUGAUGAGUCCUAACGUUCAAGAAUUGCCAACGUAUCCUGCAUUUGAAUCAGAUCAUGAACUUUACGAUGAAAACGAGGACGAUAAACAACGCAUUAGAGAUCAUCCUGAAAGUGAUGCUUACUCAAACAGAUUGCAUUCAACGGACUCACCAAAUAAUGUGCCUUAUGAUUCAGAUGCUCAAUAUAGUGAAAAACAAAGAACAUCUAGUGAUACAUCUAUGACUUCAAAUGAGAAGCAGAGACAAAAGGAGAUAGAGGAAGCUGAAAAUACUGGUAAAGUUGCAUACACAGAAGGUGAUCAAAUUAUUAUUGAAAAUAAACAUGGUGAAAUUCUAGACCAAGCCAAAUUAAAUAUCCCACCAGAUGACAUAGAAGGUAGCAUAAAAGAAUAUGAGGGGGGUUCUCCACUCGUUGGUGUAACAUCUCAUGAUUCUGGUUCAAGUCUGAGAGCUUUGAAACAUAUAGUUUCACCAGCUUCCUUAACAAGUGUUCCUUCCAUUGUUGGUAAUGCUAUAAAGAAGACGGCAAGUAGACGUUCAAGUAUUGGUGGAAUCUCCAUCGGCUCAUCAGAUGGUGAGACCAAACACAAAUAUCACGCAUAUAAGAUUGAUAAUUUGUUAAUUAUAGAAAAUGACGAAGGUGAUGUCGUUAGAAGAUACAGAAUCAAUCCACAUGCAGACGAAGAAGGCAAUGAAAACGGGAAUAAUAAUGGCACUGGUGUUGUUUCUAAGGCUCUAUCUGCUGUUGGUCUAAGAAGUCGUGCGGCUUCUUCCGUUCCACGUCCUCCAGUUAGAGAUGGAAGUACUAAAAAACAAUCUAUUUCGAAACCUGGCAUGAAUAAGGUAAAACAAUCAGCAACCAACAGAAUUCUUACACCAGCUCCAACCCAAAUGUAUGCAUCAGGUCGUGUUAAUAUGGAUAAGGAAUCUGGAUCUGAUAGUGAUUACACAAGUGGUGAAAGUGAUAGCAUGGGAUACGAUGAUGACGCAGGUGAAACAAAUGACGACUAUGAAUAUGAUACCAGUGAUGCGUCUGAUGAUGAAUCUGAGACGGAGUUUGAAAGACAGAGACGUUUGAAUGCAUUAGGUCUGACGAAUGAAUCAGUAGAAGGUAGUGACGAUGAUGAAGAAGAAGAACCUACACCAACAGGUGGUAGUAGAGAAAGAGCUGGAAAUAGAGCCCAAAAUUUAAAGAGCUCAAUAGUUAAGAAGUUCAACUUAAAGAAAUGA